UCAUUAUGAGCAAAUCAGAAAGUUAAACUGCUAUUUCAGGCUACGAGAUGUUUGAAUCAGUGAUGUCAUGGUUCACAGUUUAAGCAGCAGCUGUGUUGUGGGAGAGAAGAUGAGGUCAUGUGGAUGACAUCAUCAGCACGCUGACAGAAUGGGCUUUAUGUACGCGGUGUGAGCGCGAGGCCGAUCCACAACGCCUUCUGUGCCUCCUCCCACGUGGUCUAUUGUGUUUCCUACAAUGCUCUGUCAGAUCCCAUACUGCUGAACUGUAGCUCUCAAAGACAUCUGUGUCUGUUUGUGUGUGUGUGUCUGUGUGUGUGGGUGUGUGUGAGUUUACGGUUCGUAGACCAGAACAGAGUUGCGGUACAUAUAUCAUGAAUGGUCCAGGGAGAAUCGUUUGACAUUAAAAAUAACACUGAACUCAGCUUUCUAUCACAGACUUUAUUUCAAGUAUAACAACAGGAAGUUCACUGAAACUCCUCAACUUAUGGAUAAAAUCCUAACAUGUGGAAAACAUCUUGGAUUCUAAAUAAAGUGGAAAAGGACGAGAGCACAUGAUUGAGCUACACAAGGAAUGUCAGAAGGUGUGUGAGCCGGGAGAGAGAAGAUGCCUGGGCCGAUGUUCCUGCAGCAGGAUGUUGAGGAUCAGGUGGAGUUGUGGUGGUUUGGUGAACCGUGCAUCUCCCUGCUCUGCUACGCCUCGUCAGUUGCCCUGGUGCUCGGCCUGGGGACUGGCGGUGUGGUGCUUCUGUCUUCCGCCAGCUCUGUGGAGGCGUCUUCGGCUGUGUGGCGCCUCAGCGUGGGCUCUGCCCUGUGUGUCCUGGCCCUCGUACUCGUCCUGAAACAGUUGUUAAGCUCGGCUGUGCAGGACAUGGGCUGCGUACGCAGUCGGAGACGCAUCGUGCAGCUGCGUAGCGGCGGAGACGUCGAUCCGUCUCUGCUGCUGGCUGUGGGCUUGGCGCUGACGCUCGGUGGUGCAGCAGUGCUGCUGUGCCUGGCCUCAUCACGCAUGCUGCUCACAGGGAUGCUUCUCCUGUCCAGUGGGGGCGCUCUGGUGCUGAGCGUGGUGGUGUACGUGACGAUGAAGUACGUCUGGAAGCGGAGAGAGAGCAGACGGAGGAGGAUACGCAGAAGGGUGAGGGUCUACACUGUGGCAGGACAGAGCAGUCACAUGUGGAGAGACUCAGCCUCGAGUCAAGCUGGUCUGAUCUGAAUGCUGGAGGAUUUCAGUUUUAGUAAAGUCCAGGAUGAAUUUGCUGUUUCAAAGAACAGAAGAAGGACAUCAGUGUAACUGUCAAAGAGCUGAGAGAUUCAAAGAGAUUUACACAAUCUCUCAUCGUCACGUAACAUCAGACAGGAGGAUCAUGUGACCUCUCACAUUUUAUACACCUCCAUUUUUACACGUGUCACAGCUGCACAACUGACUUUUUUUUUUAAAAGCAUUGACACUCUAAUUUGCAUCGUCUCCCUCAUCUACACCCUUUCAGGUUUACACUUUAUCUACUCUGCAACUGGUCUUCUUCUCAUCUGGGCUACACCUGACCUUCACCUGGUCUGGUCUACACCUGGUUUAAUACUGGUUUGGUCUAAACCUUGCUUAGUCAGCACCUGGUCUACUCUUCACCUGGUCUUCUUUUGAUCUGGUCAAUUCCUAAGAAGCAAAUGGUCUCUUCCAAAAUUGGUCUGGUCUACACCUGGUUUGGUUUACACCUGACAUGGUCAAUGUUGCAACUGGUCUACUACUGGUUUGGUCUACACCUGGUUUAGUCUUCACUGGUCUUCUUUUGAUCUGGUCUAUUCCUGACCAACAAAUGGUCUAAUCUACAAUUGGUUUGGUCUGCACCUGAUCUGGUCUACACCUGGUCUGUACCAGUUCAAUUAGAACAUAUCUUAAUUACAAACUGUAGAGGGAAGAAAAGGCAACAAACAAGAACAAAAAAGUAUAUUUAAAUUAGCAACCAAUAAAUGUGACUAAUAUCAGCUCUCUGAAUUGAGAACAUCUAUAAUCAUGAUCCACUCACCUUCUCCAACAUGGCCACCUUUACUGCAGUCACAUCCUGAACAGCUCGGACCAUCACUCCUAUGAUUAAUGUUCUUUAUGUGGUUACUGGAUUGAGUGGAAAUUCAUUAUAAUCCCACAAAAUGUUAUGAUUGAAGAAAGUGGAAGCCCCACCCCUUCUGAUACCACCUUCCUGGUAUCUCCAGCCAGUUUUACUCUUCUGAGGCUUUUUCUUUUCAGGGGCAUCAUUUGGUUCUGAUCUUCAUUAAAUAGUUUACAUUAAGAAACCAGUGAUUGAGAGAAGUGGGUUGGCUGAGGUUCAGAGAGGUGACAUCACCAUGUUCACGCCUUUUUCAUUUUAUUUUCCAUUUAUUUUUGCUUUAAUAAUUCAAUUUAUAAAAUGUCUCACUUGGAUAUUCCCGUGCGGUUCAAUACUGGUUCAUCUGCCGGUUCUAACAUGAUUAAAAUAAAGAAGAUUUUGUGUAGUGAUGUUUUUGUUCUGUGUGUU